AUGGGGCGGCUGGGGGGCUACAGGGACACCGGGGGGGAGCGACCCCCCCCCCACCAGCACCAGCACCGCCGCCGCCGCCGGGGCCCGGCCCCCCGCCCCCCCUCCAUCGCCCCCAUUUCUUCCUUCGCCGCCCCCCCCCACCCCGCUACGGGAACCGACGUUUUCGUGACGGCGCGGACGGAUUUCCGAGCUCAGCUCCGACGUUGUCAACGUCUCCUGGCGCCUGGGGGGGUCGGCGGAUCUCGGGGGGGUCCCCCUUUACCCCCCCCCGCCGAAUUACGUCUCCACGGCCUUGGCCUUGCCGUCCCCCGCGCCAUCAACCUGGCUCUACAGCUCCAGGCCGGGGCUCCCGGGGCCCUUCGGCUUCACGCCAGCACCUCCUCCGUCACCCUGCCCCCCCUCGCCACCCCCCGACGUCGCCGGGGACCCCCCCGAGGUGAAGGGGGGGAAGGGUUGGCCGGGGAGGAAGACGAAGAAGAGGAAGAAGAAGAAGAAGAAGAGGGAGCGUCCCCCCGACCCCGCCAUAACUCGGCCAUUCACAUCAGGGUUUGCCGAGAAGCUCCCUGCGCUUGAAGGUGGGGGGGGGGGGGGGGCACCCCGAGGUGUUGGGGGGCACCCCGAGCGUUGAGGGGGAGCUUGUCGUCUGCGAGGGGGUACCCAAAAAUGCUCUGGAACACCC